CAGGCAGCGAGUAGAGAGAGAGGUGCACCCAGGCAGACCGACAGAAGAGCCUGUGUGUGCAAACUGGGAUGAGCAAAUGUACUGGGCAGCUUAGCUGUUGAUACAGCCAGAGAGAGAGCGAGUGUGUGUGUGUGUGUGCACGAAAGCGAGUGAGUGAGGGAGAGAGAGAGAGGGUGAGAGACUAGAAGAGAAAGGGAGAAAAAGGGAAGAAAGAAGCAGCGAAGAAAAAGGGAGGGUACCACAACUAUGCUUUGCUGCAUAAGGAGAACCAAACCGGUGGAGAAGAAUGAGGAGGCAGACCAGAAGAUUGACCAAGAUGGCACCACCAACAAACCUGAGGACAAGGCCCACAAGGCUGCCACCAAAAUACAGGCCAGCUUCCGUGGACACAUAACUCGGAAAAAGAUGAAAGACGGAGAGGACGAGAAGGAGGGAGACAAUCCUGCUGCUGCAGAGGAUGCAACAGAGGGUGGAGAGGAGACAAAGAAAGCAGAAGGAGAGGAAGCACCUGCGAAGGAGGAAGAGGCUAAAGGAGAGGAGGCCCAGAAGAAGGAGGAGACAAGCCAAGCCAAAAGCCCAGUGGCAGACAAGCCAGCUAACUCUCCUGCAGGUGCAGCGACGUCUCCUGUAGCAGCGGCUCCAGCUGCUACCUCUCCUUCAGCUGCCACAGCACCUUCUGAGUCCCAGAAAGAAGAGCCAAAGGCAGGGGAGAAAGCUGAGGAGAAGCCCAAAGAAAUGGAGACCCCAGUGGCGACAGCCAAGAGUCCCACCACAGCCACAGCUGAGGAGAAGAAAGAGGAGGACAAAAGUGAAGAGAAAAAGGAGGCCAGACAAGCCGAUGUGCCUGCUGCUGUCAGCCCAACAGCUGAGAAGGAGGAGCCUAACCAAACAAAAGAUAAACAAGAUGCUGCAGAGGAGUCUAAAGCAGAUGAGGCCACCCCGGCAGAUGCAGAGGCCACUGAGUCCAAGGAUGACUAAAGUCUAACCUAAAGAAAGCAAAAUUAAGAGUAUGAAGAAUAACACAAAAACAAAAAUCUAAAAAAGUCACUCUUUGCCUUCCCAAUGUGAAGGCAGUCCGUUUCUAUUUGUUUGUCAUUUUUUGUGUGGCAAUGAUUUUCUCACGUUGGGGGAGUUUCCAGUGUGACGUUUUUUGGCUCAAGCUAAUACUAUUUGAAAGCGGUGAUGAUGAUGUUGAUGUUGUUAAUGAUAAUGAAAAGUGAUUGUUACCUUGAUGAUAAUUUGAUUUGGUACAUCUUCUAUUUAUUGUAAGGGAUACAAUAGUAGAAUGAAGCCUUCCAAAUGGAUAUUUACACAUUUAAAAUGCACUGCCACUGCACCAUAAUUUAUGUGCAUUGCAAUGCACCUUCUUUGAAGACAUCUUACAAAUAAAGUUCGUUCUACAACAACAAGCUGGUUUUAAAAUGCAACUCCAGUUUUCAACACAGUACAAAUUGUAUUGAGAACACAGCAACAAGGUAAUGUGCUGACACAUCAAAUGGAAAACAGAAUGUAUAAUUAAAUGUGUAACAUUUCCAGUUUGGCAUUUUUAUUCAGAUUCCAAAAACAACAUUUACAGGACAACACUAUUACUCUCUCCCUAUUCUGCUUGAGUCAUUCAAGCUUGGUUUACACCCCUUUUAAAAACUCUCUGUUACUCUCUCUACUCAUAUUUACAGUAAAGGACACAUUGCAAUUUAAAUGACAUGAUCAUAUAAUGAACUAUAAAAAUUCAGUAAUUGUAUUGAUGUAACUGGCUCUUACAUUACAGUUUUGUUCUGCCAACCAAAUGUGAGAACUGUAGCAUGAACCAUCGAACCAAAUGCAUGAUGGGAGCUCUCCCUCAGAGAGGAACUUUUUCGCAGUCACAAAAACUUAAGAGGUGUGGCGGCUUCUUUUUGAUGUCUUUGGUGUUGUUAUGACAGUUUAUAUGAAUUGGGAAAAUACUCUUGCACUGAUGUUACAAAAAAGUAAAGAAAAAUUAAACAAACGAGCAAACAAACAAACAAAAAAAUUUCCUAUGUUCCAGUGAGUGCAAUGUCCAGUUUAAACCUUAUCAAGGAGUUCAAACUUGUGAGAAAAAAA